UUAAAUCAAUGAUAAUUUCCAUAUAAUUCGAAACUGUGGUCUGCCUUAAGUGAUCAAAUAGAGACUUCCGGUGAAGUGGUCUCCUGUGUAGAUGCCAUGUUGUCCCUAGUAUCUCAAGCCAUUUGCAAGGAAUUCCCAAGAGCUUUAAGGAGAGCAAGCCAGCUUGGCAUUCAGCAAAAUGCCACAGGAUACUUAGGAGCACACUGCACCAGAUGCACAUAUUGCACUAAUAUUCCUGGCAGUGAGGAUGAACCACAACAGAAACCAAGUGAGGAGGAAACAUUAUCAGAAAAUGAUAUGAUGGUCAACCCCAAUUUUGUCAACAGAAACCCAAGAAACUUAGAGUUCAUGGGAAUUGCUAAAAAAAGAAAAGGGUGGAUAUUACAGUAUCCCACUAAGGAGUUUUAUCACAGGCUUCUUUUUGGAUUCAGUGCUGCGAACACAUGGGCUUGGGUUGAACAUUCCUCAGGAAAAGUGCUCAUAACAGCUUCAACUAAAGAAUGGGCCAUCAAAAAGCACAUGAACAACUCAAAAAAUGUAGCAGCAGCUAUUAAUAUAGGCCGGGUGAUUGCCCACAGGUGUGCUAUGGCUGGGAUCACUGGCUUACAUUUUCAGGUGCAAAAUCCAGAUGGCAACACAAAUAGAAUAUCAACUUUUGUGAAGGAAAAUGCUUUCUUCAAUGCUGUUAUAGACUGUGGAAUAACUGGUUUUGAACCCAUGGAAUUAGUUCCAGAUUUCUUCCCAGGAAUAGACUAUGAUAAAAUUGAUGAAAGACUAGUAGGUGCAAAACCACCAAAUAUAAGGUGGAGAACAAGUGUCCAUGGUAAAAUUCUAGAGGAAGCAAAACUUGCAAAUAAUAAAAUUGAAAAGUUUCUAGAAGAGCACAAAGUUUUAGGAUAUGGAAAGUGGCACCACAGCACUGAGGACCCCCCACACUGUAAAGACUAACAUUUUAAUGAGACAUUGGCUUGGUACAACUGACAAUACAGUUUCAGGUCUUUUGGAAGUGUAAUGCAUAGAAUAAUCGACUCCCAGAACUUGAUCUGUUGCUAAUAUGCAGAUGUACUUAUAUAGAGUAAAACAUUUACAGAAUUAAAUAAAAUAAAAACCAA